AUGCUCCGGAGACCAGGUCAUGCUUUAGUUCUACUGCUGCUCUGCUCCGCGAGCGCCUUGCACGUCGAGCCGUGGCUGCGGGCGCGCGGCGUCGAGUUCGGCAAAAGCAUCAGCAUCGGCGCGAGCGACGGCCUCCGCGGCCUCGUGUCGACGGCGCCGAUCGCCGCCGGCGACGUGCUGUGCUCGGCGCCGCUCGCGUCGGCGCUGCACGUCGAGCUCACCGACGCGGACUGGCUCUGGGACCUGUCGCGCCUCGUGCUCGCGGCGCCGGAGGGCUACGCCGAGUGGUACGCGUCGCUUCGCGACGACCUGGACACCCUGCCGCUCCUCUGGCCCAUCGAGGACCUGCCCUACUGCUACGCGCCGGUCUGCGAGCGGCUGUUCCUCGUCCAGACGCAGGCGGGCUUGCGGGGCGGCGACGCGCGCGCGUGGACGGAAGCCGCGGCCUGCGUGCUGUCGCGCGCCUUCGUCGUCGACGCCGCGACGCCGCUGGCCGUCCUGUCGCCCGGCGCGGACUUGGUGAACCACGCGCCGGAGCCGCCGGGCGCGUCGCCGUUCUUCCUCGACGGCGACCGCGUCGGCGUGCGCGCGACGUCGGCGGCGCCGCCGGGCGCCGCGACGGUGAGCUACGCGGCGCGCGCGGGCAACGACCGCCUCUUCGCCAACUACGGCUUCGUGCAGCGCGACAACGCGGACGACGAGUACGUCCUCGAGGACGACCUCCGCUUGUUCCGCGGCGGCGCGUGGUCGCGCCGGUCCGCGGAGCGGCUCCGCGCGCGCUCGUCGAGCGACGCGGCGGCCCUCGAGCUCGCCAGGGGCCUGCUCCGCGACGAGGCCGACGAGGUCGAGGCGGGCCUCGAGGACGCGUGCGGCCGCGGCUCGGACAGAGCGGCGCUCGUCGCCGCGUUCCUCGCGGAGAAGCUGCGCGUCCUCGAGGAGGGCCUCGCCGCGGAGUACCUCUGGGCGCCCUCCAUGGCCAAGACGGGCAAGCAGGAGCUGGGCAUCGCCGUGUCCGGCGCCUGGGCGGCGACGCUGCUGGACCGGUGGGCGAGCCUGCUCGGCGGCGAGCGGGAGAACAACGUCGCGCGCCUCGUCGUCGGCGACGUGCGCGUCACGGCCUGGGACGUGUCCAAGGUCGGGCGCACGCUGCUGCCGAUGUGGGCCGCGCGCGUCGAGGUCCUGCUGAGCUGCCUCGGCGCGGGCCCGCAGGAGUGCCUCCACGGCGCCGUCGACCACCUCGAGGAGAUGCUGCCGUCGACGCCCGCGGCCGUCGUCGCGCUCGCGGACGCGCGCGCCGCGCCCGCGGACGCCGCGGUCCGCCGCGAGCUCGAGCGCUUCGGCGUCGACUACUACCCGUCGCCGCCGCCGCCGGGCGUCGGCGGCGAGACGGGCGCCUUCGACGCCGGCGCCCGCGCCAUGCUCGAGGGCCUGCUGAAGCGCCGCUUCGCGGCGCUGCCGGACCUGCUGCGCGUCUGCAUCCCGCGCUUCGAGCUCGCGCGCGACGACGCGGGCGGCGGCGGCGGCGUCGCCGCCUUCUACGAGGUCUGCUGCGCGACGCGGGGGCCCGGCGGCGCGCCCCAACCCGACGACGACUUCCGGGGCUGGGCGACGCCGCGCCGCUCAGGGCAGGACAAGAGAGCGAAAUUCCCAACUUCAAAGGCUCAUAUCUCGGCCGUUUUCCACUCGCGCCGCUACUCCGAGUUCAAGGCGCUCGCGGCCGCGCUGAAGCGGGCGGCGCGGACGCCGCCGCUGCCGGGCUCGCGGCGCUCGCUGGAGUCGGUGCUCAGCCGCGUCGGCUUCCCGGACACGCGCUACCUCGACAAGCGCCGCGCGGCGCUCGACGCGUGGCUCCGAGCCGUCGUCGCGCUCUCCGCGGGCUUCGACGACGCGGGCGCGCGCGCGGCCGUCGUCGACUUCGUCGACCCCGCCGGCCACCUCCACAUGGUCCUCGCGCGCCCGACCCGCACGAACCGCCUCCGCGCCCUGGAGUCGCUGCUGUCGCCGCCGCCGCCGCCGGACCCGCCCGCGCCACCCGAGGACGCCCAUCGACGGCCGCCGCCGGCGCCCGACGCCGGCCCGGACGUCGUCGACCAACCAACCAUGCGCCUCAUGGCCCACGACGCGAGCCUGUUGCCCAUCGUCGAGCGCGACUUGCAGACGAGCGCGCGCACGGCCGAGCGCCUCAAGAAGGCGAAGCGCUCGGACCUCCAGCUCUCGCGCUACGACUCCUCCGACGACAGCGACGAGGAGACCGGCGCGCUGACGCGGACCUGGGGCCUCGUGGCCCGCACGGCCCUCGCCUUCGCGCUCGUCUGCACCGUUUUGUUCCAGUCCGCGGCGCGCGUCGGCCGCUGGGGCGGGCCGGCGCCCGCGUACCGCCGGCGCCUGCGGCGGGACGCGCCGGCGCCGGCGCGGGAGCCCGCCGUGCGCUGGCGCGAGUCGGCGCCCGCGUUCGGCGAGACGGCGGCCGUCGUGAUGCCGGAGCCCGUCGACCGCUUCGACGAGCUCGCGGCGAGCGACGAGACCGCGGCGGCGCCGCUCGACCUCGCGGAGCUCGCGCCGGCGCACCGCCUCACGGUCGCGGGCCACUCCCUCGGCGUCGCCGCGGCGCUCUUCCGCGCCGCGGCGACCGACGGCGGCGGCGUCGACGGCCGCGCGUUCGUCGACGCGACGUCCGCCCUGGGGCCGUGGCUCGACUCGCUCGGCUGCGGCAUCACGAAGAUGGUCAACGUCAACGUCGCCAAGCUCGAGCAGCGCUUCGGCGACGCGGCGACCGUCGACGUGGAAGUCGCCGUCGCCGACGAGGUCGCGCGCGGCGCGGGCGGCGACGACGACUCCGUCUUCGUCGCCGCCCUGUGGAACGCGCGGAUCCUCAACCUCGUCGGCCGCCUCAUCGACGACGUCCUCGAGGCCGACGACCUGGCCACGGACGAGCGGACCAUCAGCGCCAUCGCGACGCGCGCCUACCAGAAGACGCUCGCGAAGCACCACAACUGGGUCCUCCGGCCCGCCGCGAAGGCGCUCCUCAAGAUGACGCCGGACCGCGCGUCGCUCCUGCGGGACCGCUUCGGCUACGAGGCCGACGAGUGGAACACGCGGGCGCGGGCCGACUUUGCCGACUUCUCCGGCGCCCUCCAGGCCUGCCUCCGGAGGCUCGCGGCCGUCUACGCGCCCUACGACGAAGAGAUCUGA